AUGUAUGCAAAUUUGGUUUUUGGACAUCACCCUAAAUUACUAAAGUAUGAAAUUACCAAACAAGCAGAAUAUAAAAAUACAAAUCAGUUAACAACUGCCAACAACUCAGUGAACUCCGAGCCAACAGAGUGUCCACUGACGCGAGCGUACCACGUGAUCUACUCCAACGUGAGCAGGGAUUCCUGCAGGAGUCCAACCUCCUACAGCCACGUCUGCUCCUCUGGAUCCAGUCUUCUCUUCAGGUUGCGAAAGUGCAGACUGCGAACACAUUCCUUCGAACAGAACGUGCAGAUGGACUGCAUCUCCUGGUGGAAGGAGGGUGCCAACAGGUUCCUCUUCGUCAAGUUCACUCAUAAAGUGCACAACUCUUCAAAUAUUUUCCAAUCUUCCAUUUUCAACUCGCAAACAUUCAAGCCGCAAAACCAUGAAGAGGGUCAACAACAUUACUAUCGAUGUGCCAUGUACCAGAUCAUAGGAGCUGUGGCCUACCUGUCGGUCUCCAGCAACUCGUCGUGCUCGAACCUGCGAAGUGCCAGGGAGGGUCCUCUGGUCUUCGAGCUGACCGAAGCCACAUGCCACAUAUAA